AUGGACCGUGACGGCCCGGGCCGCAGGCCUCAGGCCCUUGAGCCCCGUGCUGGACGCCGGGGCAGCCCGCUCCGUCUCGGUCGAGCUGUCGUUCGUCCGGGGCGUCUCGGUCCCGUCUGCCGUCUUGUGCACCGGCACCGCACCGACGCCCUUCUCCAGGUCCUCGCUGUCGCUCGCCGCCGCGUGCCUCCUCUCCUGCUCCUCCUCCUUCUCCGCCACGGCGGCCGCGCUGUCGCUGCCUCCAAUCUCGGCGACCGAGAAGAUGGACUUCCACCUGUGCUGGCCCUCGCCGCGGGGCGUCGGGUAUCCGAACCCCCCGGCCACGAGCGCGCGCUUCGUCCAGCGGUUGCCGAUGCAUGCGAUGUGCCAGUCGACGGGGUGCGGGGCCGCGUAGCGGUCCAGCUGGUUCCGCACGUCGAUGAGCUGCUGCACGCUGCUGACGUCGACGUGGUUGACGCUGCUGAAGUCGAGAAUCACGGCCUUGAGCGUGGGCAUGUCCGGGUUCUCGCCUGCGAUGUCGAGGUUGCCACCGCUGCGCUGCGCCUUCUUCAGCUCCCGCUUCGACGGGCCGGGGUCGUUCCACGGCCUGUCGCCCGGCCGCGCGUACUGCGUCAGGUUCGUGCGGCGCGUGUGCGCAAAGAUGUACCGCGUCAGGUACUCGAGCGUGUGCGAGGCGUUGGGGUAGCUGAAGCCCUCGGUGAAGCGGUAGAUGAAGACGCCCGGGUACGGGCUCUCGACCUCGACGUCCGGGUUGGAGCCGUCGCCGUGGUCGAUGGGCAGGAAGAUGUUUCUGGUCGAGGCGCCGCCGGUGCCCGUUCCGCUCUGGCCAAAGGUGCCGUACUCGCGGUGGUCGUCGCCGAUGAUCCGGUCGUCGAGGACCGAGUGCACCCUGACGGGGCCCAGGAAGCGGCCGCGCGCCUUGAGGAUGCGGCCGAGGAGGAUCGCCGCCGAGAUGGCGACGGUGGCGUAGAUGCCGUUCUCGAUGUUGGAGAAGAUGGUGAUGAUGACACCGAUGAAGAAUAUCACGACUUCGAUCGGCGAGACGCACCAGAAUUGGUACAAGGUGUUCGGGGGCGUGAUCAAAUCGCCCACGGCGUGGAUGAUGACCGCGGCGAGCGAUGCACUUGGGAUGUAGUAAAAGACGGGCGGCAGGACGUAGAUGGCCAAGAGCACCACGACGGCAGUGAUGACACCCGCAAAAGGAGGAUAUCCUUCAGAAUCUUAAACUUUGGGUUCGAUCGGUGGUUCAUGUUGACCAACCAGCUGAUCAUGGUGUACAGCAAAAUCACAAAGACGGUCCUGAGUGUUCCCAAGAAGAAGUAG